UUUGUGAGUGAUUUCAGAUUUGAUGUUUUUGGUUUUGUGACUUGUGUCUUGUGUUGAACUUGAAUGUUAAUUUUUUUGGAUUUAAAUUUGUUAACAAAGUUAAUGGCCUAGCAAAUAUAUUGCUAUACAGGACGGUCUAAUGGAAUUUAUAGAGCUUAUACUUAUUAAUAGACUAGACGGAGUCAUAUUAAAAUAUCCUCACCAUGACAACGUAGACGGGACAGUCUGCAUAACUGGACAUCACCUUAUUUUAAGCUCUAGAAAAGAAGGCGUUUGUGAGUUAUGGCUUCUACACAAAAAUAUAGAUAAUAUAGAGAAAAAAGAGACAAAAGUAAGUGGCGGCAUUUUGCGAGGCGGAUCUCUCUUUCUUAAAUGCAAAGACCUCAGAAUAUUCCAACUGGACAUUAGCAGCACAUCAGAACUGAACCUCCUGGCGCAAACCCUGGAGAACCUGUCUACGAUACAAGACCCAAGUCUCUUUUAUCCAUUUUUUUAUAGACACAUGCAUCCUAUUAUGGAAAAUGGAUAUACUUUGUACAGUGUCGAAGGUGAAUUCACCAAAGUGUUAGCCACAGAGGAAUGGAGGAUAUCCCGCGUAAACCAAUAUUACACAGUGUGUGCUUCGUACCCCAAGGGUGUGAUGGUGCCCAAAGUGAUUGAUGAUGAAACAUUGGCAGCUGCAGCUACGUUCAGGCAGGGUGGGAGGUUCCCUGUGCUAUCUUAUAGACAUAAUAAUGGUGCAGUGUUACUGAGGGCAGGUCAGCCACUGUACGGGCCCAAACACCGGCGGUGUCGGCCGGACGAGGCGAUAUUGAACACAGUAGUCAGCGCCGGCAUGAAAGGCGUCAUAUACGACCUGAGAAGCUCUAACGCCAUAUUACAGCAGCAGAACAAAGGUGGAGGGAGCGAAAGUCCAGCAAACUACUCACAAUGGAAAAUAUACAAUAGAUCUAUGGAUGAAGUGGAUAAUCAACAACAGUUGCUGGAGAGUUUCUCUAAGCUUAUUGAAGCGUGCGUGGAUCGUGAGAUAUCCAGUGACAAAUGGCUGUCUAAACUGGAGUCCAGCGGAUGGCCGGAGUCAGUCAGGAACUCGCUCCACACUGCGUGUAUUGUCGCUCAACAUAUACACCAGAAAGCUGAGCCGGUGUUAUUACAUGGAACCCGCGGAGAAGACGCCACGCUACUGGUGUGCUCGUUAGUUCAAAUUAUUCUCAAUCCAGACUGUCGGACUAUACGAGGGUUACAAGCUCUAAUAGAAAGGGAAUGGCUUCAGGCGGGUCACCCGUUCGGUUCUAGACUCAGGUCGGGACCCUACUCGGCGUCCCCGGCAAGAUCAGCGCCAACUUUCCCGCUUUUCCUGGACUGUGUGCGGCAGUUUCUAGAACAGUUUCCGUGCAGUUUUGAAUACAGACAGUGUUUUCUUGUUGUUUUGUUUGAACAUGCUUACUCUAGUCAAUUUGGCACAUUCCUCUGUGAUAGCGACCAAGAAAGGGAAACGCGCGGCGUCUAUGACCAAACUACGAGUAUAUGGUCGUGGAUCAACCAGCCCGAUGAGUUGACGGCCUACAUCAACCCGAUGUAUGACCCCACGCCUAACGUUAUAUGGCCCUCUGUUGCACCAAUGAGCUAUGUUAUUUGGGAAGAGCUCUAUCUACGCUGGCUGGCUGACCAACACACUGAAGAACGCGAAGAGCAGUACAAAGUGAUACGUACGCGCGAACAGCACUUGCGCGCGCAAGCAUUGCAACUACGCAGAGAGUUGCUCGAACUAGCCAACCAGUACUACGCACCGAAUACCAAAUGAAAUUGAUAUGUUUAUAGCUUGGCAACUUCGUUCGUAACACGCCCGAUGUUCCGCGAGGGUCCGGUGGUGCAGUGAUGAAUGAAAAACCCACGACUGAUGCACGUCACUUCCCCGCACGCUUUCACACCCGCGCAGUCUUUCCCCCUGUCGCCCGCAUAUCAUGGGAGUGUUAUCAACGAACUUGUCAGAUUAUAGAGUAUAAACAAAACCACAAAACUGAAUCCUCGUCUGUGUAAAUUAUGCACUAAAUACCAAAAUAUGUGUAUGGUUAUUUUAUUGUAAGGUUUACAGGAUACUAGUUAGGCAAACCACAAACCGAGUCCUCAUCUGCGUAGUAUAAAGGCAGAAUAUGAUGAGAGAGGAAACAAAGGUAAAAAGAUUACAGGCUUAUUACAGAGAUGCUCCAUUAGUGCGUUACGUUACGUUGCAUCGCCGCGCCACUACGUCGUUUUCUAUAUAUUUUAAAUGACAUGCCACAUUAAACGGUUGCGUUAUAGGCGACGUUUCAACGGACGUCGGCUGUUUUGUAUUUUUUUUUUUUUUUUUUUUCUCUUUAUUUGGUCUACCAACAGACAUACAAAUAAUACAAUUAUUAAACAUAAAUGCAAGGAGCAGAAAGAUAAAAUGCAAAUCUAUUUAUAGGUAAACACCGCAUGCAACUGUCUAAAACUAAAAUUUAAAAUUUAUUUACAAUAUUAAAUCAUGACUGGUGCGGAAAUACACAAUUUACUAAUUUAAUACAAUUUAAUUUCUAUACCUAAAACAACUAUACUAAACUAUUAGGAUACUUAAUCUAAAAUACAGAAUGGUUAAAAAAACAAUAUAUAUAUAAAUUAUUUGAACUAUACAACAGAAAUCAGAUUACUUAUUACUUAAUUCUAAAUUUACCGAUUUACGGAAUUUGGCUAAAGAGCCAAUAUAAAUAUCAGUGACACUCAGCUGAUUAUAUAAUUUGCACAACCUUGGGAUUGGUGAGUUAGCCCCAAUAACUGUAGAUCGAUGUGUGCAUUGUAUGCAUUGUUGAGACUGAUUGGAUGCAUGUGAUGUCCUCUUGCACUUUUAUGUGUAUUAGUGAAUGCACUAAAGAGUAUGUGAGAGUUGAGAGAGUGAGUGAAUGAAUCCGCAUCAUGCAUGCAUGAUGCAGAUUCAUUCACUCGAUUAUGUGGUAUGUCUAAAGGCGUCAGGCGCUUUGUCUAUUUAGUAUUUAUCACAUUGCUAUGCAGCGAAUGGAAGCCAAUGUCUUUUAUUUGAAGACUAUUUGCUUAUAAUAACAUUUUUAUAGUAUGUUUAAAGACAACUUGUAAGAAAACUUACUACAUUCUAACAAGUGUCAGAUAGUAUAACAUCCGAACAGUCUAAGGCCAAACAAUUAUUAACCAAUAUUAAUUAUAGUUAAUGAUAGUUUGGCCAAGAAGUUUUUAUGCAAUCCACUAGCAACUUAUAUUUUAGCAUUCAAAUUUAUAUAUAAAACAUUUUUCAUCCAAUAAACAGAUGGGCGAAGGUCUUAAUUUCUUACUUUUUGUCAAAUGACAACUCAGACUAAUUACAUAAGAACCUGCUGCGCUAGACGUUACUUUUCUGUCAAAGUAGAAGUUCUGUAUGAUCAAUGAUCUAAUACGAAUAUACGAAGUGUCUAUAGAAUCGAAGUUUCAUAAUCGAAUUGUAAUCGCUUCCUCGGUUAAAGAGCUCCGUAAAAAUACCUUUGUGUAGUUGAAUGAUGUAAAAGACGUUCAACAACUUCUAGUUUGGUAUAUGUACCUAAUUGCUCGUUUUCCUUAAAAAAUUAUAGACAAUUUUGUUCGUGAAUCUGAGUGCGAUACUUACCUUACCUAUACCUUAUGUAAUGAGUCUGAGAAUGAUAAAGACUAUGUUUGUGAAUAAUAUGACAUAGUAUGAUUAUAUGUGUUUGAUACAAUUGGCAAAAUUUAAAAUAUUAUUCAAGGGUAUUAAAUUAUCUAUUUCAUUUCGAAUUGUAAAUUUUACUUUAAUUGAUUUUUUUUCUACUAUGUGGAAUAACAUCAUAAGGAGAAGAUUCCCUUUUAUUUUGAAUAUUUUUAAUUAAGAACAAGUGUAGGUUUGUUAAAAAUAUUUAUUUUAAUUUUUUACAAAGUUUACUGUAUAAAAUUAAAUCAUGGUACUAAAUUUAAUACAAUAUUAUUUUUUUAAAAAGAUUUAACUAAACUGCCAUGUAAUACAAUUUAUAUUACAUAUAAUUAUAUGUACAAUGAAAAAAGUGUUGUUUCUUCUAUCUUAUGACUUAUCUACACCAUCAACUAUGAUAAGCUAAUAAAAACUAAGAGACUAUAGACUAGACUACAAUGUCUGUCUAUAACUCCUAUGUCUAUAUAUAUACGAAUAUGUCGUAUGAACGAUUGUGUGGACAGCUGAAUACUGCUGACGAUUGGGAUCCAAUCUGUGGUCGCUCUUCAUGUCCGACAGUGUAGAGGAGACAUUAUAUUAUAAACAUUCGCAAAUGUUAAAUCUACCAUUUCCUAGUUUUGUAUAAACAUAUUUUAUCUACACAUACUAUAAUAUUAUGAGAGUAAAAAAUAUUAUUAGUAUCUGUAUAUAAACGAACACAAAAAACCGUUAUAUUUUUUAAUUUUUGUUUGUCUAUGUUCACAUUAAUCUCUGAAUCUACGGAACGCAUUUAGAAUGGAUGUAAAGGAGAUGGCCCAUUUCAGGUUCACUCUUGUACCCCGUAUCAUUAAAAGUUAAAAAAUAAAGGGCAUUUGUUAACAUCUAAAUAAUUAAAUAAAUGUAACUAAAUAAAAAGAAAUAAAUAAAAUUAAAACCCAAAUUUUUAAGUUAUAUCAAGAUCGCGCACAUAAGGCAACUAUAACAUGACAUUUGACAGCAAACGUCAAAACGACUAUUGCGUUGAAAACGUCAUUUCAUUAGUCUGAAAUUAUUACCCAUAUUAGCGUUGUAUUUCUUGGGAUGGGAGAGAAUGAAUUUAUUAUUUUAUUUCGGAAGAAUUAAAGUAAAUUCGUAGAUUUGUAUGAUCGAAAAUUGUUAAAAAAACAUUUUCUAUUAUUUACGCCAGGGUACAAUGACUAAUCCUGGGCUUCAUACAAUUUUGGACCAUCUCCUUUUGCUAAAUCUAGAGCUAUUAAGUCGGAUCUGUAAAAAAUCAUCUAAAAAAACCAAAUUCCACGAACUGAUUGGCAAACUGAUUAAUACUAAGUAUGAAUGUUUAUACAUGACUAAUAUAAUGAUGGAUAAAUGAAUGCACUUCAGCGCAAUGUAAGAAUGUGCCAG